AUGAUGGAGACGGAGGACCAAUCAGAGUUCUGCUUUCCACAACUCAUCAACAUCUCCUGCAGGAAGCCCUCAUCUCAUCGGGAUGAAGAUGUUCUUUUGACUGUUCUGCUGUCCAUCAUCUGCAUCUUCACUGUGGUUCUCAACCUGCUGGUCAUCAUCUCAAUCUCCCACUUCAGGCAGCUCCACACUCCCACCAACCUGCUCCUCCUCUCUCUCGCUGUCACUGAUUGCGUGGUGGCCCUCCUGGUGUGGCCUGGUGAGAUCUACUCUAAAACAUCCUGCUGGACUCUUGGCGAUGCGCUGUGCUUCUUGUAUAACUACAUGUCCUUUAUAGUCACUUUUGUCUCGGUAGGAAACAUGGUGCUGAUAUCAGCAGACCGUUAUGUUGCUAUUUGUGAUCCUCUGCAUUAUAACACCAAAGUGACUGUGAAAAGAAUUCAACUUUGUGUUUGUCUCUGUUGGAUCUCUUCUUUUUCCUACUGUAGUGUCAUUUUAAAUGUUCAGCUAGCUCAUCCUGGAAUGUAUAUUUCCUGCUAUGGAGAGUGUGUCAUUGGUAUUGACUAUUCUGCAGGACUUGUUGACCUUGUUGUGAGCUUCAUCCUUCCUCUCAGCAUCAUCAUCACGCUGUACAUGAGAGUGUUUGUGGUUGCCGUGUCUCAGGCGCGAGCCAUGCGUUCUCAUGUUACAUCAGUCAAACUACAACAUUCAGUCAAAGGAAGAGCAAAGAAAUCAGAGUUGAAGGCAGCCAGGACUCUUGGUGUCCUUGUCCUUGUCUUCCUCAUGUCUUUCUGUCCUUAUUACAUUGUCAAUCUUACAGGUGACAGCAAAAUGACAUCUUCAGCUGCUCAAUAUGUUCUUUAUUUAUAUGGUUUAAACUCGGGUUUAAACCCUUUGAUCUAUGCCUUGUUUUAUCCCUGGUUUAGAAGAGCUGUUAGACACGUUGUCACUCUGCACAUACUGCAGCCUGGCUCCUGUCAGACCAACAUUAUUUAG